AUGAUGGUUUCUAUUCAGUUCAUUCUCUUAGGAAUUCUCUCGGCAGCUAUCACGCAAAGUUAUGCUCAAGGGACAUUCACGCCUGAGAGGCCGCCUGCUGUUCCUUUGAUGGUCAAAUCACCGUAUCUGAAUAGUUGGCAAAUUUUCGGAACUAAUGCUACUGAUUAUAAAAACGGCAAUAGCCUUGCUUUGCGAUGGAGUACAUUCUGGCACAACCAAAUCACGGGAAUGACAGGAAUCGUAAGGGUAGAUGGUGAACCAUUGACUUGGAUGGGAUAUCCUUACGCAGCUGACAAUAAAACUCUACUCAAAUCUGCAGAGCAGACGUCUUUCGAAUAUACCUCUACAAAGAGCAUUUUUACUUUUGACGUAGGAGGAAAGAUUAAUUUGACUGCUACGUUCUUGUCACCUCUUAACCCGAAAGAUUUGAAACAACAAUCUUUGACUAUGGCCUAUUUGCAUGUGGAUGUGGUAUCUACAGAUGGGAAAACUCAUGAUGUGUCAGUUUAUGCAGAUAUCUCGGCUGAAUGGGUUUCGGGUGAUCGAAGUACUACGGCACAAUGGGAUUAUGGAGUGACAGAUGAUAAAGUUGCAUACCAUAGAGUCUAUCGACAAGAGCAACUAGCGUUUACUGAAAUUAAUGAGCAAGCCGAAUGGGGAUAUUGGUAUUGGGCCACUCAAGAUAACAGCAAUAUCACUUAUCAAUCCGGAGCAGACAAAGUUGUUCGUGCUGCUUUCCAAAGCGAAGGAAAGCUUCCAAAUACUAAAGAUUGGAAUUAUCGGGCGAUAAAUGACGAGUUUCCGACGUUUGGUUUUGCUAAGAAUUUUGGAAAUCUGUACACGACGACUCAGGAGGUGGUGUUUGUGUUGGGAUUGGCCCAGAAAGACGCAAUUCAGUUUGAUGGCAGCGGUGGUAAUACCACAUUGCCAUCCUUGUGGACGUCAUAUUUUGCCAGUGAUACCGAUGCGUUAUCAUUUUUCUACAACGAAUGGGACACAUCCUGUAGCUUCUCCGACACUUUCGACGAUAUGAUUAGCCAAGACUCCAUUGCUUUUGGUGGCCAAGAUUACUUAACUAUCACCUCCCUAUCUGCACGACAAGCAUUCGGCGCAACUCAACUUGUAGGCACUUCCUCCAACCCCUACCUCUUCGUCAAAGAGAUAUCCUCCGAUGGAAACGUUCAAACUGUCGACGUACUGUUUCCAAUGCACCCUAUCCUUCUCUACACCAAUCCACUUCUCCUAAAAUUAGCCAUCAAGCCUCUAUUUGAAAACCAAGAAACAGGUCGCUACCCCAACGCCUACAGUAUGCACGAUCUCGGUUCCGCCUAUCCUAAUGCUACUGGUCACUCCGCGGGGAAUGAUGAAGAAAUGCCAUUAGAGGAGUGCGGAAACAUGCUUAUAAUGUCCCUUUCUUACUUCCGCGCUACCAACGAUACAGAAUUCUUAAACGAUCAUUAUGAAAUCUUGGAUCAGUGGACUCAGUACCUGAUUGCAUCUGCGCUGAUCCCGGCUAAUCAACUGAGCACAGAUGAUUUUGCCGGCAAGCUGACCAAUCAGACAAAUCUGGCAUUAAAGGGUAUCAUUGGGAUUAAAGCGAUGGCGGAAAUUGCUUCUUUGACCUCUCAUUCUGAUGUUUCAACAAAUUACAGCUCCAUUGCCCAGGAAUAUGUGGAAAAGUGGAUAGAUCUCGCUGUUGUCAAUUCUACAAGUUCUUCCAGUUCUUCACCAAUGCUUGCCCAUACAUCACUCAACUACGCUAAUUCUUCAUCCUAUUCUCUCCUCUAUAAUCUCUUCCCAGAUAAGCUCCUAUCUCUGAACCUCAUUCCUCAAUCGAUCUACGACAUGCAAUCCACCUUCUACCCUUCAGUGACAAACACUUACGGUGUUCCACUAGAUUCGAGACAUGGAUGGACAAAAAGUGAUUGGAAUAUUUGGUGUGCAUCUAUUGCAUCGGAUCAAACGAAGAAGGAAAUGAUAGGAAAUGUUGCAAAGUUUGUGGGAAUGAGUGAAUCUGGAGUAGCGUUGACGGAUUUCUAUGAUACAACGACAGCAGACUUAGCGGACUUUGGUGCUCAUUUUAUCGCAAGGCCGGUUGUGGGGGGACAUUUUGCAGGAGUAGCUUUGAAUAAACUGAGGGUGGAAGUGUAG